GUGGCAGCUGAGUCACGUAGUGUCCGUCCUGUCGAUCGUCUGCCACGCUGUGGAGUGCUUGUGGAAAGUGCGAUCGGAUUUGUCACACCAAUCGCUUGCGUGCGUGCGUGCGUUCGUGAAAUCUUCUUGUUAGUGCCUUUUUUUUCCUCUUUAACGCCGUGUACCAAUCGGACACAUUCACGCACUGACGGUGAUGCACGGUAUGCCGUGGUGGCCGAUGGUGGCCCCGCUACUCCGAUUGCAGUCGAUUGCAUUACCGUGCACGGGGCGAUUCAAUUGUGCAGCCGCUUCUUGGAGGUGCUCUAAAGACACGCGUUGACAAGCGUGUUUCUCAACGGAUCGUGGAUCGAUCGAUUGUAAUCGAUUGUGUCGACGGCUCCGUUUUUUAUCGUUAUCAUCGCAGCGCAGCGAGUGUUUGCGCCACAUUGCGCACCAGGACCGGCCAGAGACAGAGACAGACCCAGUCGAGUUACGAUCGAUCAUUUGUGCAGUGGAUCGUGAACGAGCGUGAUCGGAACGAGAGCAAUUUGUCGGCGGCUUAGCUUCUUCGUCUUUGCGUGCUCUUGCGCUGGUGGUGGUGGUGGUGUGAUUUUCGCGAAUUCCGUGGCUGAUUGGGUGGCUAGACGGGAAACCGGGCCCCGGAAAACUCCUUUACGUUUGCUCACACACGCAACAGACGCGAACAAAAUGUCGGACACGGGUUCAGAGACGGCCGAAAGCACCAGCGGCAAGGAGUUGAGUAAAGAUCAGUUGAAAGUGCUGCGAGAUGCAUUCAAUGCAUUCGACAAAGAGAAGACGGGCAGCAUUUCGACGGACGUCGUGGGCACCAUUCUGGAGCUGCUCGGUCACAAGCUGACCGAGGAGGAGCUCGAGGAGGUGAUCGAGGAGUACGACGAGGACGAGUCGGGCCAGCUGGAGUUUGACGAGUUUGUGGCGCUGGCCUCAUGCUACGUUACGCCGGAAGAGGACUACGAGUCGCUGCGAGCUGAACUUCGUGAAGUGUUCAUGAUGUACGAUAAGGAUGCCAAGGGAUAUCUGCCCGUGGAAGAGUUCAAGGCCAUCCUGCGUGAACUCGACGGUGAGGUACCGGAAGACGAGCUAGACGAAAUAGUCGACGAAAUCGAUGCCGAUGGUUCCGGUACCGUGGACUUUGAAGAAUUUAUGGAUGUCAUGACAGCUGACUACUACGCGUAAUGGCCUGGGAGGAAUCAACGGCAUUCUGCACAAGCACCCCGCCUCUCGCGCAAACCCUCAAAACACCUGCACCGCCUCCAUCGGGGAACCCGGAGACAAGGAGCAACGAUGAACAUCCUUUUAACAGCAGCACAUUGUCUUGUCGCUCGGAGCGAGAGUGUGUGCGUGCUUAGCAGUUAGUAGUUAGCAUGUUGAACACUUAACGAUAUAGAAAAACAAAGACAGUUAGUCAGAACUCAAGACAGAAUGAGAGAGAGAGAGAAGAAAGACUUUGGAAUGGUUCACGGAAAUUCUUUCGCCAGCAUCAUUGCGCAUCAUUUGCGUUUGUAUGCGAGACAAAGACACGUGAACACAGCCAUAGCGUUUUACACACAUUCAAACUGCAUGUAAAAAUAUUCACCCAGCAUCCGGGGGAAGGGGUCCACUGCCUCCUAACGCCUCCUUUUAACCCCCGGGGGAACCAUACAUACUGAACAUAAAUGUUUCAUGCUUUUAGGAUAGGAGCACACUGCCGCUGCAUGUCGCUCGUGUUUCUCGAGUGGCGUCGCGGGUGGCGGUAAAGGAGCUGAACGGCAGGAGAAGCACCUUCGGUUGGGUACAGCCUUAUCAGCAUUCGUUAAGUUUUGUUGUUUUCUGAGCCACUCCCUGCGAACCGUUGUGCGUAUGUGCGAUCACGCGCCAGGUUCAGAAUGUGAAGAGUGUAUCAUGGGGGAGCCCAAGCUGUCCCCGAGCCCACUCAAAUACACUUACAAUAGCUGA